CGAUGAACUAUUGUAGUUACUCGUACUAGUAGUCACUCGUCGUGUCGAUGUGCAUGCAUGCAGCAAAUCCUCUUGAUGGGCAGCACCAUGGCGUGGCGUCCUCCAGCCACCGUCAGAGGCUCAACCAUGGAUCUACUGGUCUCGUCGACCCUUCCAAUAAUUGCUUCCUCAGUAUUGCGUCCGCGGUACUCCGUGCUCCGUCCUGUUAUUGACCAAAGAAAAGUUUUUCAUUCCUUUCACGGUCACGUCGGUAUCCCUCUUCCUUCAGCCUUUGAGAGUAUGUACGAGGUAUUAUCACCACUGACAAUGGCAUCAAGAGUCAUUACUAGCCUCGAUUGGCAUGUGGCUCGACUUAGUACAACCAACAAUAGAGUACUGUAAUCAUCCUC